AUUGCUGAACGUUAGAACUUACACAGUUCCUUAAAAGAAGCUGGCAUUCGGUUGAAUCUCGGGAAAAGAUCUCCAGAAAAGGCGUAUCUCUAAGAGCAAGUCAGUGAGUAAAAUUUAGUUCUGUUAUUUCAUCAAAACACGUGGUUGGAUUCUAACAAAUUAAAAGACACUGCAGCUUCUGGAUCCAGUGUGAACAAUGGAGACAGCGCUAGCAAAAACGUCACAGCAAAGGCAAGUCAUUUUUCUUACUAUAUUGUUGCUUUUGUGGGAAUCCGGCUCUGAGGCAAUUAGAUAUUCCGUGUCAGAAGAGACUGAGAGUGGCUACUUGGUGGCUAACCUGGCAAGAGAUCUGGGAUUCAGGGCAGGGGAACUGGUCACUAGAGGGGCUCGAAUCCAUCACAGAAGAAACAAAGAGCUCUUGCAGCUGGAUGCUGAGACUGGGAUUCUGUUCUUGAAGGAUAAACUAGACCGCGAGGAGCUGUGUGGGGAGAAAGAUCCCUGUGUGCUGCACUUCCAGGUCAUUCUGGAAAACCCUGUGCAGUUCUUCCAAACUGACCUGCAGCUCACAGACAUAAACGACCAUUCUCCAGAGUUCCCUCUCAGGGAAAUGCUUCUAACAAUCCCUGAGAGCGCCCAGCCAGGCACUGUGUUUCCUCUGAAGGCAGCUGAGGACCCUGACAUAGGGAGCAAUGCUGUUCAGAACUACACAGUCAGCCCCAACCUCCAUUUCCACGUUGUUACUCACAGUCGCCCAGAUGGCAGCAAAAACCCAGAGCUGGUGCUGGACAGAGCCCUGGACAGGGAGGAGCAGCCUGAGCUCACUUUAACCCUCACUGCUCUGGAUGGGGGGACCCCUCCCAGGUCUGGGACCACCACAGUGCGCAUUGAGGUGGUGGACAUCAAUGAUAACGCCCCCCAGUUUGUACAGUCGCUCUAUGAUGUGCAGGUCCCUGAGAACAGCCCCCUCAAUGCCUUGGUUGUCAGGGUCUCUGCCAGGGACUUAGAUGCUGGGAAGAAUGGGGAUGUAGCCUACUCUCUGUUCCAAGGAGGCAGAGCAUCUCAACCAUUUGUAAUAGAUGAAACCACAGGAGAAAUUCGGUUGAGCAAAGAGUUGGAUUUUGAGGUAACUGGAUAUUAUAAUGUGGAAAUCGCAGCCACAGAUGGAGGGGGCCUUUCAGGCAAAUGCACUGUGGCUGUACAGGUGUUGGAUGUGAAUGACAACGCUCCAGAGCUGAGCUUCUCUGUGAUCACAAGCCCUAUCCCGGAAAACUCCCCAGAGACUGUAGUUGCUGUUUUCAGUGUUUUUGAUCUAGAUUCUGGGGAUAAUGCAAGGAUGGUGUGUUCUAUUCAGAACGAACUUCCAUUUAGUUUAAAGUCCACAUUUGAGAACUAUUAUACUUUAGUGACAGAGGGGCCACUGGACAGAGAGAGCAGAGCCGAGUACAACAUCACCAUCACAGUCUCCGACAUGGGCACACCCAGGCUCAUGACCCAGCACACCAUAACAGUGCAGGUGUCCGACAUCAACGACAACGCCCCCGCCUUCACCCAAUCCUCCUACAUCCUGUCUGUUCGCGAGAACAACAGCCCCGCCCUGCACAUAGGCACCAUCAGAGCCACAGACUCAGACUCAGGCUCCAAUGCCCACAUCACCUACUCGCUGCUGCCGCUCAAUGACCCGCAGCUGGCCCUCAACUCUUUAGUCUCCAUCAACGCGGACAACGGGCAGCUGUUUGCGCUCAGGGCGCUGGACUAUGAGGCCCUGCAGAGCUUUGAGUUCCGCGUGGCCGCCACCGACCAAGGCUCCCCAGCUCUCAGCAGCCAGGCGAUGGUGCGCGUGCUGGUGCUGGACGACAAUGACAAUGCGCCCUUCGUGCUCUACCCUCUGCAGAACUCCUCUGCUCCCUGCACUGAGCUGCUGCCCAGGGCGGCAGAGCCCGGCUACCUGGUCACCAAGGUGGUGGCUGUGGACCGCGACUCUGGCCAGAACGCCUGGCUGUCGUUCCAGCUGCUCAAGGCCAUGGAGCCAGGGCUGUUCAGUGUGUGGGCGCACAAUGGCGAGGUGCGCACCACCAGGCUGCUGAGUGAGCGCGAUGCCCCCAAGCACAGGCUGCUGCUGCUGGUCAAGGACAAUGGCGAUCCUCAGCGCUCUGCCAGUGUCACUCUGCAUGUGCUGCUGGUGGAUGGCUUCUCCCAGCCCUACCUGCCUCUGCCAGAGGUGGCGCGCGACCCCGCGCAGGAUGAUGAAGAUGUGCUCACGCUGUACCUGGUCAUAGCCUUGGCGUCUGUGUCUUCACUCUUCCUCUUGUCUGUGCUGCUGUUCGUGGGGGUGAGGCUGUGCAGGAGGACCAGGGCGGCCUCUCUGGGUGUCUGCUCUUUGCCCGAGGGACAUUUUCCUGGUCACCUGGUUGAUGUCAGCGGCACGGGCACCCUGUCCCAGAGCUACCAGUAUGAGGUGUGUCUGACUGGGGACUCUGGCACAACAGAUUUUAAAUUCCUGAAGCCUAUAAUUCCCAACAAUCUGAUUCCAGACACUUAUAUGUUGAAUAGCUAAAACUGUAGGAUAAAUCUCAUUAAGAGAAGGAUAAAAUAGUAGUUGUUGAGAUGUAGGGUUCUUUUUGUUUGUUUGUUUGUUUUGGAAAUCAGUAAUGUUUCACCCAGAUUACGUUUGAUUUCUAUGUGGUUUUAGUUUUUAUGUCACAGAUUAAUGUUUCAAUUGCCUCCUGUCUUGGUAGUGCAAUCUUAGUGUAUGUUUUCUGUUACUCAGAGGAAAGCAAUAUCUUCACUGCUUUAGUAAUGACUGAAAUAGUUUUAAAAUCUCAUUAAAUGUAUUAUAUUUGGUAAGCAACGUAGAAUUCCAAACAUUUUCAAAAUGUAUCUGUAACAUCUUCUUUUCUUUUAGGGGUUAUACUAACUAUAUAAUGUGGUAGGUCCAUUGCGAUGCAGAUCAUCUGCAUCCUUAAUCAUUGGCCUCCCCCUUUAUUUUCACAUUGCGCCAAAAUGUCACCCAGAAGUGUGUGGCUCUUGUCCCACCCAUUUUCCUGUAAAUGAUGUAGUGUCAUUCUUCUUUGUGGAUGAUGUGUGGUUUGGAGGUAGAGGUUAGUUGAUAGGGUGCUUGCUUAGCAUGCACAGUGCUCUGGAGGUUCGAGUGCGAGCACCACGUGGCAAGUUUAAGUUCUGUCCAGGUUAUGUGAGUCUCUGACUCACAAAACAAAACAACAAAACAAAGCUGCAUUUAACCUAAGUGCAUUUUCUUUAGCCAUCUGUUAAAAUAAUCUUAGACUGUUUCCUCUAUAAGUAAAGUGUUAGUACAAAGGAAAAAUGUUUCCUUUAAGAAAUAUAGUACAUUGAAAUUCUUUUAGGAGCAACAAGUUUAACCCGUCUCUCUAUCGAGACCAGCUAUUAAUAGUUUUUGAGACAGAGCAUCUCCACUAUCUCUGGCUGUUCAGGAACUCACUACGUGGCGUGGACUGAGUUGGCCUCAAACUCACAGAGAUCCACCUACUUCCGUGUUCUGAGUGUGGGGAUUAAAGGCAUGCACUACCACACUAGGCAGCAAUUAAUAUUCAAGAUUUCAUUUUUAUGUUGGCCAAAGGGCAGAAAAAAAAACCAUGUAUAAAUCCAGUGGAUUGCUUUUAAGCUUUCAGUCUUCAGUGUUGUUAGAAUCAUUUUCAAACAACAGGAAUAAAUUAAAUGUCAUUUUAAACUAU